AUGCCGGUGACAGUGACGCUGCCCGGCCCGGCCCCGUGGGGCUUCCGCAUCUCCGGGGGAAGAGAUUUUGGGAAGCCCAUCACUGUCUCCAAGGUGACAGAGCACGGGAAGGCGGCCACGGGUGACCUCCGGCCGGGGGAUGUCAUUGUCACCAUCAAUGGGGAGAGCACGGCUGAGAUGCUCAACGUGGAGGCGCAGAACAAGAUCAAGCAGAGCCCCGGGCAGCUCCGGCUGGAGGUGGAGAGGUCCCCGGUGCCAUCUCCAAGCCACACCAACGGGGACACCUCGCCAGAGAGGUUGGCCACGCACUUCCAGGACACGUUGCAGAUGCGGAGUGAGAGCCAAGGUGCCCUGAGAACCCUCGACCCCAGCCUGGCAUCCCUCACCCACCCACCUGGGAGUGCCAGCUCACAACACUUGGAGCAGGAAUUCACCUGUCCCGGCCUCCACCAGGACCGAGGACACCUGAGCCGCCAGAACAGCUCCCAGGGACCCGUCCUGCCUCCACCCCCUUGCCCACCCCCAGCGGAGCUCAGAGCCCCCCAAAACUCCUGGGAAACCCUGAGGGAGAGGCACCUCUCCUCCCCCUCUCCCAACACCUGCCACAGCCAGGGCUCGGAGCAGGCCAUGAGGCGCUUGGAGGAGGACUCGGAGGUCUACAAGAUGCUACAGGAGAACCGGGAGCUGCGAGCGGCCCCGCGGCAAUCCAGCACCUUCCGCCUGCUCCAGGAGGCUCUGGAGGAUGAGGAAGGAGGUGAGGGGGGAGCCCCCUUCCCCAGCCGGCUCUCGGCCGGUGCCCGCAAGCCCGUGGCCGGGGUGCAGAAGCUGCACGUCUGUGAGAAGUGCGGGAGCAGCAUCGCGACACAGGCGGUGCGGAUCCAGGACGGCCGCUACCGACACUCGUCCUGCUACACCUGCGCCGACUGCGGCCUCAGCCUCAAGAUGCGCGGCCACUUCUGGGUGGGGGACGAGCUGUUCUGCGAGAAACACGCCCGCCUGCGCUACCAGGGACCCCCGGGCGGGCCCGUCCCCCGCCCUGUGUCCCCCCGCUCCUGAGCCCCGGCCACCGGCACCGUUGGGAUGGGGUCACCGCCAGCAUCCCCCGUGGGACCCCAGGGCUGUCCCACUCCACUGCUGUAGGGCUGGGCUGGGGGGCUGAG